AGUCCAGAGUGCUAACCAUUACACCAUGGGACCCACAUGUUGUUGGGAGGAGAAGUAUUUAGAUUAUAAACACCGUAUUUUACGAGUAUAUCUUUAAUUUAUUGUAUAAAAGUAAUGAAUGUUAGAGUUCAUUUGUUUCCUUGAUGAACCUGAAACUAAUUCGACGGGGCAGUAUUUUAUAACCAACGUCUUAGCGUUCUCUUCAAGCGUGUUUUUGCGGGCUGACAAUGUGCUUAUGCCGUGUCGGAGAUCGGUUAAAUUUCAGUUCUCAAUCACUACCAUACGGUGUAUGUGGCUACGUGUGCGGUUAGGUGGUUUCAUUUUGAACUGUAUUUCCUGAAAAAAAUAGUGUUCUACUUAUGGUGCAUUCGUGUAGGUGAUAUUUUUAGGGAAAGUGAUUUUGCAGGGACAAAAUGUCGGGGUCAAUAGAAAUCCCUUUGAGGGAUAGCGACGAGGUUAUAGAGUUAGACCUCUCCCAACUACCUGAAGGUGAAGAAGUGCUGGGUAUCUUACGGCAAGAACAUGCAACCCUUAACUACUGGGUUACUCUGGCUUUGGAGUAUUACAAGCAAGGAAAAGUGGAAGACUUCAUUAGAAUAUUGGAGGCAUCACGUACUGAUGCAAAUGUGGACUACAGGGACUUUGAAAAAGAUCAAAUGCGUGCCCUGGAUAUGUUGGCUGCUCAUUAUGUUCAAGAGGCUAACAGGGAAAAGAAAAAGGAUAAAAAGCGAGAACUAUUUACCAAAGCCACAUUAUUAUAUACAACAGCUGAUAAAAUUAUCAUGUAUGACCAGAACCAUUUACUUGGAAGGGCAUAUUUUUGCUUGUUGGAAGGAGAUAAGAUGGAACAAGCUGAUGCGCAGUUCAAUUUUGUUUUGAAUCAAUCUCCGAAUAAUAUUCCAUCUUUAUUGGGAAAAGCAUGUAUAGCUUUCAAUAAGAAAGAUUAUAGAGGUGCGCUUGCUUUUUACAAAAAGGCACUUAGAACUAAUCCCAAUUGCCCAGCAGCUGUGCGAUUAGGAAUGGGUCACUGUUUUAUGAAACUGGGAAACCAAGAUAAAGCGAGAUUGGCAUUUGAAAGAGCAUUGCAGCUCGAUAAUCAAUGUGUGGGAGCUCUUGUUGGAUUGGCUAUUUUAAAACUGAAUCAACAACAACCUGAAAGUAUUCGAACUGGUGUGCAGAUGUUGUCAAAAGCCUACACAAUCGAUUCAACAAAUCCUAUGGUCUUGAAUCAUCUAGCGAAUCAUUUUUUCUUUAAGAAGGAUUACAGUAAAGUCCAGCAUUUGGCUAUGCAUGCAUUUCAUAAUACUGAGAAUGAUGCAAUGCGAGCUGAAAGCUGUUACCAGUUGGCUCGUGCGUUUCAUGUGCAGGGUGAUUAUGGCCAGGCAUUUCAAUAUUAUUAUCAAGCUACUCAGUAUGCUCCACCAAAUUUUGUUCUACCUCAUUUUGGCAUGGGCCAAAUGUACAUUUAUCGAGAAGAUACAGAAAAUGCAGCACAGUGUUUUGAGAAAGUACUGAAGGCUCAGCCUGGUAAUUAUGAAACUAUGAAAAUUCUGGGUUCUUUGUAUGCAAAUUCAUCAAGUCAGUCAAAAAGAGACAUAGCAAAAAAUCACCUUCGGAAAGUAACAGAGCAAUUCCCUGAAGAUGUAGAAGCAUGGAUUGAAUUGGCUCAGAUCUUAGAACAGUCUGAUUUGCAAGGUGCUUUAAAUGCUUAUGGAAUUGCUACCAAGAUACUGAGAGAUAAAGUACAAGCAGAUAUUCCUCCUGAAAUAUUGAAUAAUGUUGGAGCAUUGCAUUACAGGCUAAAUAACUUGGAAGAAGCAAAAAGAAAUUUAGAAGAAUCCUUGAGUCGUUCGAAAGUUGAAGCUGAACAUGAUCCUCAGUAUUACAAUUCAAUAGCUGUGACAACAACAUAUAAUUUAGCUCGACUUAAUGAAUCUCUCUGUCAGUUUGAUAGAGCAGAGAAAUUGUACAAAGAUAUUUUGAAAGAGCAUCCAAAUUAUGUAGACUGUUAUUUGCGACUUGGUUGUAUGGCACGUGAUGAAGGACAGAUAUAUGAAUCAUCAGAUUGGUUCAAAGAAGCUAUGAGAAUUAACAAUGAACAUCCUGAUGCGUGGUCCCUGUUGGGCAACCUCCAUUUAGCAAAAAUGGAAUGGGGGCCUGGCCAAAAGAAGUUUGAACGAAUUCUAAAGAAUCCAAGCACAUCAAAUGAUGCUUACUCACAAAUUGCAUUAGGAAAUGUCUGGCUCCAAACCCUUCACCAACCUACUCGUGAUAAGGAACGAGAAAAGAGACACCAAGACAGAGCGUUAGCAAUGUAUAAACAAGUAUUGCGCAAUGAUCCACGAAACAUAUGGGCAGCAAAUGGAAUUGGAGCAGUAUUAGCCCAUAAGGGUUGUGUAAAUGAAGCAAGAGAUAUAUUUGCUCAAGUGAGAGAGGCUACUGCAGAUUUUUGUGAUGUGUGGUUAAAUAUUGCACAUAUUUAUGUUGAACAAAAACAAUAUGUAAGCGCCAUACAGAUGUAUGAAAACUGCUUGAGAAAAUUUUACAAGUACCACCAUGUCGAAGUCCUUCAGUACUUAUCACGUGCUUAUUUUAAGGCUGGGAAGCUUAAAGAAGCCAAAAUGACUCUUCUAAAGGCACGCCGUGUUGCUCCUCAGGAUACAGUUCUCUUGUACAACAUAGCUUUAGUAUUGCAACGUCUAGCCACACACAUUCUCAAGGAUGAAAAAUCCACAUUAGAGACUGUGUUACAAGCUGUGCAUGAAUUGGGUCUGUCACACAAAUACUUUCAGUAUCUGUCUGUACAUGGAGAUCGUAUGCGUUAUGAUGUAACUCUUGCUGGAUUAGAAGCUCGCCAGUGCCAAGAUUUACUUUCUCAAGCUCAGUAUCAUGUGGCAAGAGCCAGAAAGGUUGAUGAAGAAGAGAAACAAUUGAGGCGAAAACAAGAAGAGGAAAGGGAAGCUUUCCGCCUCAAACAGUUAGAAGAGCAGAAAAAAUUGGAAGAGAAAAAACGCAUAGAAUUAGAAGAAAUGCUUAAGAAACGACAGGAAUACAGAGAGAAGACUAAGAAUGCAAUUCUCUUCGGUGACAUGCCAAGUGAGAAAUCAAGUAAAAAAGGUAAAAAGAAGUCUGAGGCAAUGGUAUCAGACUCUGGCAGUGAAGCAGAAGGAAAUGCAAGUGGUGGCGAACAGCGUGAAAAAGGAAAGAAACGCCGAAGAAGCACGGAUGGAGAAAAGAAGAAACGAAAAGGUGGUGCUGGCAGGAAACGCCAUGAAAAGAAGGAGAGACAUGAAGGACCUAAAGCGAAAAGAGGCCGAAAACCUACAAAGGAACCGAAGCGACGUGGAAAGAAAGCAGGGAGCGGUGAUGAUGAUCAAACUCCGAAGAAGAGGGGCAAAUUUGUAUCCAAAGAAACCAUUUCCACUAGUGAAUCAGAUAGUGACAGCAAUCAACUUAAAAUUGCUAGUGGAGCUGAUACAGAACAAGAGAUGUGUGUGUAUGUGCUUGAGAAUAUAGAAAUGAAAGUGGCAGUGGCAGCGAACGUGGCAGGCAAAAGAAACGUCGCAUUGCUUCAGAUUCCAGUCGUUCACGCUCCCGAUCUGCUUCUGGCAGUGCUAAAUCCAGAUCCAGAUCACGUUCAGGCAGUGGAUCUCGCUCUCGCUCUAGAUCUAGAUCAGGUUCAAGAUCUAAGAGCAGAUCGAAAUCUCGUUCUGCAUCAAGAUCUCGUUCUAGAUCAAAAAGUGGAUCACGAUCCAGGUCUAGAAGUGGAUCGCGAUCAAACAGGAGCAGGUCUGCAUCAAAAUCUAGAUCAAGAUCGAGAUCUAAAUCAAAGUCCAGGUCUAGGUCCAGAUCAAGAUCAAAAUCGAAGUCAAGGUCAAGAUCCAGAUCAGCAUCAAGAUCAAAGUCGAGGUCUAGAUCAAGAUCAAAAAGUGGCUCUAGAAAGAGUGGCUCUGCUUCAAGAAGUGAAGAGGAAAAUUUAUAGGUCUAGAUCUCGUUCCCGUAGUGGCUCCCCUGCAAAAUCAGGAUCAGCAUCUCCAAAUCGGUCAAGAUCUGCAAGUCGAAGUCGUAGUCGUAGUCGCAGUCGAUCUCGUUCAAGUAGUAGAUCUGGUUCUCCUGUAUCUCGAAAAUCCGUAUCUGGUAGUGAGGCAGGUUCUCGCCAUUCCAGCCCAGCCCGUAGUCAAGGUUCAGGUGGUGCAAAGAAUUCUGGUAGUGAUAGUGAAUAAAUGUGCCCUCUGUAAUUUCUUCAGUCGAACAGCAGUAUAAGUUACUUUGGAGCACUUAUGAUCAUGUGAUCAUAUCAUUGGUGUACCUGUAUAGUAGUUCUUUUAUAUAUUGUAUAAAGAAUGUGAGUUGUAAGAUUUUCGAAUGUAUUCAGUGUUAAUGUGAUGAUAGCUUGUUCAACUGAUUGAAGCUUUGUCCAUUAUUAUUUGCUCCUGUUUGAAUCCUAAAUACUUUGAUUUUAUUUUUUUCCCUAGCUUCAUUAAUCUUCCAAUUUAUAGGUACAUUUAGAUAAGGAAUAUUUUUAGUACCAAUAUUUGAACUGUAUUAAAUGGACUUGCAUUAAAACAGCCAAGUUUUUAAUAAAUUGGCUAUGUUUUUAUUUUAUUGCUUUACUCAACAUUCAUAAGUAUAUGAAACUACCCUUUAGGUGAGAUUUC